CUCCUUUCGCGUACUGUAUCUCUGUAUGCCCUUCUAAGUUCGCCGCUCUGCUUCUUUGUUGCAUCAGCCUCCCUCUCGCCGUCACUGUCGCCGCUUCAGUUUGGCGAGGCUUUGAUAACAGGUACAUUGAGAAUCUCUGAAGUUGAAUUGAUAAAAACACUGAUGGAACGGCAGGGUCGUGAUUAUGCAUCUGCUUCUCCAGCAUAUGCUCAACAACAGCGACAAGCUGUAACUAUGCAACAACAGCAACAAUAUGGAUUUCAUCCCCAACCUCAGCAGUUCCCUUCAACAGUGCAUGGCCCUCCUUUUCUGCCCCCAGGUCCAGCACAUCCUCCUAUGCAACAAUUCCCCUACCCUCACCCCAUGCAGCAGCAGCAACUUCAACAAUUACACCCCCAUGCUCCUCCCCCACCUCCUCAUCUUCUUCUUCAGCAGCAGCACCAAGCACCACCUGCUUUCCCUUCUCAUUUUCCUCCUCCCCUUGUUCCGUCCCCCUUUCAUGGUCAAUACGAGUCUGCUCCACCCCCAGUUGCUCCUCCUUCUGAUCCUGAGCUCCAAAAACGUAUUGACAAACUUGUUGAGUAUGCUGCUAAAAAUGGUCCUGAAUUUGAGGCCAUGAUACGUGAAAAACAACAAGACAAUCCUUCCUAUAGUUUCCUCUUUGGAGGGGAGGGGCAUGGUUACUAUCGUUACAAGCUUUGGCUGUCAACACGCCCUCCAGGUGGUCCUUUCAAUCCACCUUUUCCACCAUCUUCCAUGCCUAUGAUUCAUCCUCCACCAAAUCCAAUGAUGAACCCAUCUCCUUUAAAUGCUCCCCCAAUGAAUGCUGCUGCAAUUAGUUCCUCAGCUUCAAUGCUAGGUCCACCUCAAAUGAACCCACUUCCUUUCCAGCAGUACCACCAUCAGCAUCCUCAGCCUUUUGGGCUUCAUGGUCGGGCUGAUUAUGAUCAGGCAUCCAAGUCCUAUAAAGGGAUCUCUGGCCCACUUCCAUCUGAUGUUGCAGUGGAUCUCAAUAAUGUUCUUAGUAAUCUAAAUGGUACAAAAGAAUCAAUUAAAGGUGCCAAAAUUUGGUUCAUGCAGAGAUCUGCAUUUGCACCAGCUCUUGCAGAGGCACUUAGAGACAGAGUUUUCACGCUAGAUGACAUUGAAAGGCAGUUGCAUAUCAUAUAUCUUGCCAAUGACAUACUUUUUGACAGCUUGAACCGGAGGGCAAGCAGCCACGACCUUGACAAUGAAGCCCUUGCAUUUAAACCUGUUUUGGGCUCUAUGCUUGCAAGGAUAUAUCAUAAUCCUCAAAGCAAUGAGGAAUACAGGAAACGAUUGCAUCAAAUGGUGGAGUUCUGGGCUUCUAAAGAAGUUUAUGAUCAAGAGACUAUUUCUUUACUAAAGGGUGAGAUGAUUGGUGGACUACAAACAAAUUCUUUUCCUGGGCCUUCAAAGGAUUUAUUAUCCGCUUCAUCAGAUUCAGGAAUGUUGCAGCAGACUCCUAACCCUAUUGUCCAGCAAUGGCCAUCCGAUCGGCCAGUUUCUGGUUCAGGCAUACCAGAGCAAGAUCAUCCUGAAAAGCAUGCUGCUCUAGGGCAGUCCAUGCCACCAUCUAUGGUACCUCAGCAGUUUCUUCCGAAUUCUGCUCCUUCCGGUGCUUUCGCAGGGCCCAUGGCCAUUCCCUCAUCAGUUCAACCAGCUAAUCAACCGCUGGCUGCACAUUUAAUGUCUCCUCCACCUGCUGGCACUGGUGAGAAGUUACCGCCAUAUCCAUUGUUCCCGCCCGGCCUUAUUCCAGGAAUGGUGAAAAAGAUGCAGAUUGGCAGUGGCGUUCCAUAUUCUCCUUUGAGUCCUUUAGACAUCCCAACUGUGAUACCACCGUCCACUGUACCACCAUCAGAUAUUCUGCAAAGAGUCUCAAAGUUCUUUAAAGAAAUUGGGGAGGUUAAUCCUUCUGAAGGUCCAAUGAAAUCUGAUUCAAGAGAUGAAGAAGAUGAGUAUGAGAGAGACUAUGAGAGGGAGCUGCCAGUGAGGAAGGGCGGUGCUUGUAUCCCUCCACCCCCAAACUUGCAGGCAGAUCCGGAGACAGGGAUGUAUGCUGAUGGAAGUGUGGAGCGGAAACCGGGAUCAAGCGGAUCAGGGAGGCUAGGACUUGGUGCCACAGCCAAUCCCAAUGAGGUGAGUCAGUAUGAUGAUGUAUAUACGUCCUACAGGAAGCAGAGAAGCACCACGUACCACUCCUCAAUGAGUGCAAGAGGUGCAGCUAGAUGAAAGCAACUUAAUUUAAAUAUUAUUGAGAAAUUGGAAAUGUAAAAGUGAGUGCAUUAGACUAGGCAUGUUUGUGAUUUGGAUCCUCUAAAGUUAGAGUACCUCCAUGAACUAAAAGAGAGGGCGACACAAGAAAUAUCUGAGUUCUUGCUUUUUCCCCCCUUUUACACACUCAUUCUCUCUCUCUCUUUGCUUUUGAAGCACUUUAUAAACUUCUAACUACAGAAGAUCUGAAUCAGGUGUAUGUGAUAUUUUUGUUGUUCAUCCUUAUUAUUAUUAUUAUUAUUAUUAUUAUUAUUAUUAUUAUUAUUUUGACCAA